CACAAAGAAGAAAUGACGAUGGCUAAGUUAACUGAAUCCAUGACUAAUGUCCUGGAGGGUGAUUCCAUGGACCAGGAUGUGGAAAGCCCAGUGGCCAUUCACCAGCCAAAGUUGCCUAAGCAGGCCAGGGAUGACCUGCCAAGACACAUCAGCCGAGACAGGACCAAAAGGAAAAUCCAGAGGUAUGUGAGGAAGGACGGAAAGUGUAACGUCCACCACGGCAACGUGCGGGAGACGUAUCGAUACCUGACGGACAUCUUCACCACCCUGGUGGACCUAAAGUGGAGAUUCAACCUGUUGAUCUUUGUCAUGGUCUACACAGUGACAUGGCUUUUCUUUGGGAUGAUCUGGUGGCUGAUUGCAUACAUCCGGGGAGAUAUGGACCACAUAGAGGACCCCUCGUGGACUCCCUGUGUUACCAACCUCAACGGGUUUGUCUCUGCUUUUUUAUUCUCAAUAGAGACAGAAACCACCAUCGGUUAUGGCUACCGGGUCAUCACGGACAAGUGCCAGGGAAUUAUUCUCCUCUUAAUCCAGUCCGUAUUGGGGUCCAUUGUCAAUGCCUUCAUGGUAGGAUGUAUGUUUGUGAAAAUAUCCCAACCCAAGAAGAGGGCGGAGACCCUGGUCUUCUCCACCCACGCGGUGAUCUCCAUGCGGGAUGGGAAACUGUGUCUGAUGUUCCGGGUAGGGGACUUGAGGAAUUCCCACAUUGUAGAGGCAUCCAUCAGAGCCAAGUUGAUCAAGUCUAAACAGACUUCAGAGGGGGAGUUCAUUCCCCUCAACCAGACAGACAUCAACGUAGGAUACUACACAGGGGACGACCGGCUCUUUCUGGUGUCACCAUUGAUUAUUAGCCAUGAAAUUAACCAACAGAGUCCCUUCUGGGAGAUCUCCAAAGCCCAGCUGCCUAAAGAGGAACUGGAGAUUGUGGUCAUCCUGGAGGGAAUGGUGGAAGCCACAGGAAUGACAUGCCAAGCUCGAAGCUCCUACAUCACCAGUGAGAUCUUGUGGGGUUACCGGUUCACACCUGUCCUAACGCUGGAAGAUGGGUUCUAUGAAGUUGACUACAACAGCUUCCAUGAGACCUAUGAGACCAGCACCCCAUCCCUUAGUGCCAAAGAGCUAGCUGAACUGGCUAACCGGGCAGAGCUGCCCCUGAGUUGGUCUGUGUCCAGCAAACUGAACCAACAUGCAGAACUGGAGACGGAAGAGGAAGAGAAGAACCCGGAAGAAUUGACAGAGAGGAACGGGUGACGCUGGGCUCCUAGUGUGGACCGAGAAAUAUUUCUUCUAAUUUCAUCCUCUGAAAGACAGUACAGAGAGUUGCUAUGCUUCCCUCCUUAACUGCUUGGAAGAAUUCACCCAGAAUGAACCCAAUCCAUCUGGACCUAGUGCUUUCUGGUUGGGAAGGUCAUCAAUAAUUUACUUAAAGUCGGGCAGGAGAGAUGGCGCAGCGGUUAAGAUGGCUUAUUGUUCUUGCAGAUGGCCUGGGUUCAGUUCCCAGUGCACGAGUGGUGGCUCACAAUCACCUAGAACUCCAGUGCCGAGGGGCCUGGCACCUUCUUCCGGCUGCCAUGGGCUACUGCAUGUGUGGGAUGCACAUGAGCUCACACAGGCGUCCAGACUCAUGCACAUAAAUAAAAGGAAACAAAACUUUGAAGUCUCUAAUGUAUAGACGGUUCGGGUUAUCUAUUUCUUCUAAUGUGAGUUUUGAUAGACUGUAUGUUUCUAGUAACGACUGUACUUCCCCCACGAAGAAAAGUGUGGACAUGCCCUUUGGGGUCCUUUCUGUGGUCACAGGGUCUGUUGUGUUCUCUGACAUUUCUGCAGUUCUCUCUCUCU